AUGGCUAUUACUAGGUCUGAUGCUUCUUUAAUUCAAGAUGUUCAACAUAUGCUUCACCAGCAAUUUCACAUUAAAGAUCUGGGGCAACUUAAAUACUUUUAUGGUAUAGAGGUGGCUCGUUCCAGCAUUGGUUUAUAUCUUUGUCAACAAAAAUAUGUUCUUGACAUUUUGGACGAUUGUGGCUACACUGGUGCCCAGCCCGUUGACACACCCAUGGAGCAAAAUUUGAAGUUAUCCAAUGAUACAGGUGAUCUCCUUGCGGAUUCGUCUUCUUAUUGUCGUUUGGUUGGACGACUGAUAUAUCUAAUGGUCACUCGUCCUGAUAUCAUUCAUACUGUCAAUAUUUUGAGUCAAUUCAUGCAUCAACCCCAACACCAUCACCUUGAUGCUGCUCACUGUUUGUUACGAUAUCUCAAAACAAAUCCAAGACAAGGGCUCCAUUACCGUUCUGACAGUACACUUGACCUCUACGUCAAUUGUGAUUCAAAUUGGGCCAACUGUCCCAUGACUCGCCGUUCAACCAUUGGCUACUGUGUAUUAUUGAGUUCCAGCCUUAUUUCUUGGAAGACUAAGAAGCAACACACAAUUUCUCAAUCCUCUGCCGAAGCUAAGUAUCGAGCAAUGGCUGUUGCGACCUGUGAAUUAAUAUGGCUCACAUAUUUACUACGCGACAUUGGGCUGCCACACCGCCCUCUCGUUCCGUUAUAUUGUGAUAAUCAAGCAGCUCUCCACAUUGCUGCCAAUCUUGUCUUUUAUGAACGAACCAAGCACAUCGAAAUUGAUUGUCACCUUGUUCGUGAAUGA